AUGACUGCCUUUGGUAAUUUAUCUAGACUUUUAUUUAUGACUCUUCAAGUCACCUUAAGGCCUACUAUUUCUUCUACUACUCAUGGUCCCCAUUCCUCUACAGAAGCUAUUAAUCAAAUAUUGAAUGGGUCACAAUCUGAAAUUAUUUUAUCAGUAAAUAUUACUGACCCAGUAAAUAAAUUAGGGACUCCAAACUUUACUCAUUUGGAUAAAUCUAUUGCAGAGCAAGCCGAAGGCGACCCUAAAGGGUCAUGGCCCCCUGAGCCUACAAAUAUUACAUAUACAGCAACAGCAACAGAAUUGCAAAAACUUUUGCAAGAAGGAGUUAUACUUAAAAAAAUUCAUCAGACACUGGAAUGUAAUCAAGAAGACAACUCCUUUAUUAAUAACUUUAUUCACACUUCAAUGGAGCUCGAAAAGCAUAGUAAGGAUCCGAGAGAAAAAGUAUAUCACAAAUUAAUAAGAGAAGUUUUUAAUAUAAAGAUACUUUAUAAAGCGUCCAAACGAGAUGGUCAUAUGACCCAAGCGGAAUUUUAUAAAAAUAGAAUAGAAAAAUGCAUACAUGAAUUUCUUUCUCAUAUAGGGGGAGGUAAAAAAGAAUGGUUAUCUCGUGGUGCAGUUAAAGCAUUGCGUCUAUCAACAACCUCACAAAAAAUAUUGGAUUUACUUGAUAUGGCUGAGUAUAAAGGACUCAAAAUUCCAG